AUGGGCCAAAACACCUCAAGGCUUCGUCGUUCUCAACAGAAUGAAGUUGCUGCACAACAACAACAGACUGCUACCACCAAUGCUGCCGCAGGCGCCAGUACUGAUGAUACACACUCUGACAUUACUGCAACUCCCGUCGAAAACGGCACCACUGCCUCCCAGCGCUCUUCUGCCCGCAGAAGCUUCCUCAACAUCCUCAAACCACGAAGCAGGGUUGGCAGUACAGCUACAAACCCAGAAAAUGCCAGGAGAUCAUGGCGACGAUGGUCCAAAGCUCCACCUCUAGACUUUACCCCACCACUCCCAGCGUCAUCGUCGGCCACUGAUGUAUCCUCCUCGUCAGCCACAGCCGGACCAUCCACUCCUCGUUCUGAGAACGGCAAACAGCCGGAACAACCCGAAGCAAACGAUGAAUCACAAGAAGAACGAGGGUGGCCGGAUGAUAGUGCAGAAGCACCAUCGGGUUCCAGGCCUGUCGCCGCGGGGGAAGAAGGGAUGAAUGCGGAGGAGGAGCAGCAGGAGGAAGAGCAAGUGGAGAUAGUACCCGAAGAGGUGGAAAGUGUGCAUGAAACAGAGGUGCCCACUACGACGGUGACGAAUGAUGACCCCCCACUGCCGCCUCCGAUAGUAGGUCCGACGACAAUGACACCUGCGCAGCAGCCCAACACCCCCGCCACACGACAGCAAUUCCCACCCCCCGGCACUCUCGUAGUAGUCCAGGGCAUCGUGCACACUACCGAUGUUGCCCGCACGCCGCCCACACCGUCUCAACCUGCAGAAAACAACAAUACCAAUCUCGCACCCCCACCCACAACAAACACCGAAAGAAGCUCCAGCAGGACAAGGAACAGGCUCUCGACUCUCCUACGCCCAAGUGCGGCUCCCAGUGACUCCCCGACGCCAUCCACUCCAGAAUCCGGUAUAUCGGUCGACACUGCCCUGACCACGCCUGAUAUGAACGAGCCGGCUGCUGCUGCGGACUCGUCCUCUCUUCCUCCCCCACAGCAACAAUCCACAACAGAUCCUGAAGCGGAUAGGGUACCGACGAUUUCGUCUAGUAGUAUUGAUGUUCUUGGUACGCUGCUGAGCGUGGCAGCAGCAGCCACAGCCGCCUCAUUACUCACCGGAUCCUCUGAACCCAUCCUUUCUUCUGGUCUUGCACCACCAGGAACUGCGCCCGCUACCAACACCAAUAACACCUCCCCAUCUCUCUCCUCUAGACCCACUUCACCCACCCCAGAUGCAGGACUAGGACUAGGGCAUGACACACGUGCAGAGCGGAUGCGUCAAGCAUGGGGAACUAUUCGGGAACGACUUGGGCUUAGGCCUACCCCACCUCCAUCUACCUCCGACACACCUGCUCCUUCCGCUGGCGAUGCUCCACCAUCACCAUCACCAGCAGCAGUAGUGGUGGAGCAGCAGCAGCAACAGCCGCCUACCCCCACCGUUCCCACGGAUACUAGGGAACUGAUGUUAGCUGAGAUGGCUAGGGCGUUUAAUGUGGGGUUGGGGUUGAAUGGGUUGGGAGGGGUCGUUCCUGGUGGGGGCGAUGCGAAUCGUAACAAUGCCGGAAAUGAGGGAGGAGAAGGAGGAGCGGGGGAAGCACAAGAAUUGCCUGCGGAGGGGUCGUUUGAGCGGUUUUUGUUUGAUUUGCAGGCUGAUUUGAGGACUGCUUUGACGGGUGGUGGGAGUGGUGGUGAUGUGCGAGCGGGAGAUGAUGGGGAGGAAGAGGAGGAGGAUGAGGACAGAGAUAGGGAGCAGGUGGGCAACGAGAUGCCCCCUCUUAUCUCUGUAUCCUCCGAGUCGUUGGAGUCUGUUGUUUGGGAGACUGCGUCUGGUUCGGGGGCUUUGUCUGGGGAUCGGGAUGAUGAUGCGCCACUGCCCACCGCUGCCAACCCAGCUUCCAUGUCAGGGACAUCUAUACGGUUUACUUCGGAUACGCCGUUACAUCAAGAUGAUGAUGACGAUGAGAUGCCGCCGCUGCAAGCUGUUUCGGACUCGGAGUCUGAGCCUGAUGAUGAGGAAGGAGAUGUCUACGCACGCACACAACCGAACUCGACCUCACCCAACGCGGAACGACCUACCCCAACCACGAACACGAAUGCGGACCAACCUCCGCCCACCUCUACCGCCACCACGAGCCCAAGCAUGGGAUCGGGAAGGAUUGACGCGCAGGGAAGGAUUAAUUGGUGGAGGCUUUAUCGGUUCCCGCCUAUAGUUUCUCCUCGUGCUGCUGGUGUUGCUGUUGGACAUACAGGGUUAGGAUUUGGGUCGACCACUGACGCCCAGACGACAAGCACGAGUGCGGAUCCUGCGAACAACUCUAAUGAUACUGAGACGGCCACUUUGGAGAGCAACCAAAACCAACAGCCGAGCAACAACAUUGUGGUACCCGUCAUCGUUGUGGGUUUACAAUCUGUCCGCCCGUUGGCUGGUGGCGAGUAUGAUGGGAAUGAGGAUGGCUUUCAUGAUGGGCAUGGGCAUGGUGCUCACGGUGAACACACCAAUACCGCGAACGCUGUGGAUACUUCUGAACCACCACCACCACCAUCAUUUGCUUCUGGGUCUACUGAGACGGAGAGUGCUGCCGAGGACGAAGAUUUUGAUGGGUUUGGAAACCAGGAUAACGAGCGACCGCAUCAUCAUCACCACCGCGCAUCACAAACCACUCCUUCUGCUGCUGGUGGGGCCUCUCGUGAAAAUAGACGAUCUCGAGGAUGGCAAUCUCGUGCGGCUGCUGCGAUCAGGAACUUGCGACCUGGGAACUCGAGGAGGAAUUCGUCGAUUGGUGGUCCUGGCAGUGGUGGUCCUGGUGGGAAUGGGGAAGGACCGCAUGUGGUGAUUGGGGGUCCGGGGUCGAGGACGUUUUUGAUUUAUGUUAUUGGUGUGGUGUUUUUUUUUUUUUUGAAAGGGUAUUACCCCCCUGAUCAUAGCAUCGUCACUGGUGGUCCGGAUAAUAUGGAAUCCUUCGAGGCGCUGUUGGAGCUUGCGGACUUGUUGGGUCAAACGAAGCCUCCGACUGCGAGCAAGGAAGAUAUUGAUAAUUCGGGUUUGGAGAUCAUCAAGCCUGAGCAGCUUGUGGCGAGGGAGAAGGAGGGGAGGGUGGCGUCGAAUUGCAUUGAACGGUGCUUGAUUUGUCUUGAUGAGUAUGAUCCUGAAGAUGAUAUCCGUGUCAUGACCUGCCGACAUGCCUUCCAUAAAUCUUGCGUUGACAAGUGGUUGCAUACUGGUAGAAAUAAUUGUCCUGCUUGUCGGACGCCGGGUGUUUCGACGGAUGGGCCAUCGCCCAUACACUCGCCAUUGACUUCAGGCGCUUGA